AUGCUGCUCCUGCCACUCUUAUUAUUUUUCCCUUCGUUGCUUAACCUGAUGUUUGCCAAUAGUGCUCUCUAUCGAAAUCCAACAGGCGAAAUUUCUCUCGGUAACUUUAAGUGCAACCCCUUCUAUUACCUUUGGGAAGAAAAACUUACAUCGUCCAUGGUAAAAGGUCAGUUUUUCUGCGCUUUCCUUUGUGUUAAUGAACCGAGGUGCUAUUCGUUUAACGUGGCAGAGUAUCCUGACUCCAAUGGUCUUUAUCUUUGUGAGUUGUUGGUCACUGACAAGUACAGAGCUACUGGAAAGCUCUUUGCGAAUGCCACAUUCCAUCAUUUUAGUCCUUGGGUAAGCUCUCCUUGCAUAUUUGGUGAUUGAAAAGUAUUUUUAUCAAUAGAAAUUGUACUGUUUGUGGAACAUUCUCGGUCUAUUUUCAGUCUCCAUGUGAAAGCGCUCCCUGUAAGAACGGUGGUGUCUGUGAUCCUAAUUAUGAGUGGAACUCCUAUCAAUGUCACUGUAAGCCUGGAUUCUGCGGAACUCACUGCAAACGAGGAGGUAUAAAACAGCUCGUGUGCUUUUUUUGUUUUAUUUUUUUUCAGAUGUUGAAAAUUACAUUUGCAGAGGGUUUUGAUUCAAUUUUUUUUGUGAUUGGUCAUUUUCACUGAAUCGUUUACAACUUUAGCUUCUUGAGAGCUCUACAUACCUCUUAAGUGCUUCACAUCCAGAUAAGCACACAGCUGCUGCGAUAGAGCAUUAUUCACGUAAAAGUUUGCUACGUUUCAUUGCGUACUGUACGUCAUUAUUAUGUACAAUGGGAAUACGAAGCACGCUAAUGAUUGUACACGGAUUCUCUGACGAAAUGUAAUCCUUCCCAUAAAAACCCCCAUGAGUUUAAUCAGAUGCCAAGAACGCAUUAAAUAAGAUAUACUUAAUUAUAAUCAAUUUCUACUUUUUUGCUUCCAAGGAGAUAAAACCUGCAGUCAGGUCAAACUAUGUAAUCUCCCAAGUGGAUCUUACGUCAUCGACCCUGAUGGAGAGGGCGGAGUGAAACCUUUCAAAGUCUAUUGUAACAUGACUGACAAGGACGGUGUUGGAGUGACAGUUGUCAGUCAUGACAGUGAAGGCAGGACGUUGGUGCGAGGGUUUAGUGCCAAAGGCUCUUAUUCUCGCUCCAUCAAUUACACGGAGGCUGAUAUGGCUCAACUGGCAAACCUGACAGCUUCAUCAGCUCACUGUGAGCAGUUUAUAAAGUACGAGUGCUUCAACUCGCGGCUCCUCUCCAAUGGUAACAUGUAUGGCUGGUGGGUGUCACGUGAUGGAGAGAAGAUGAAGUACUGGGGAGGAGUUGAUUCUGUUGAUUACAAAUGCGCAUGCGGCUUGAAUAAUACAUGUGCAAACAUUAACCGCGGAUGCAACUGUGACGCGAAUGACAACACAUGGCGAGAGGACAGCGGCCUCCUCAAAGACAAAUCCAAGCUGCCAGUGAAACAACUGAGGUUUGGAGAUGCCUAUUAUUAUGGUGACAAGGGAUACCACACACUUGGAAAGCUCAAGUGUUUUGGACUCAUUUAA